CCGCCCGCCAAGUUCAGCGAGCUGUUCCGCUACACGACCAAGUUCGAGCUCGCCAUGAACGCCGUCGGCCUCAUCUGCGCCAUCGCAGCUGGCGUCGCUCAACCUGCCAUGACGAUCCUGUUCGGCAACCUGACGACGGCGUUCACCAACUACGGCGGCCUCACCAUGGUCAACGCGCAGAAUGCGACGCCAGAGCUCAUCGCCGAGGCGCGCAGGGUCCUCUUCCGCGAGGUCAACAAGGACGUCCUCAUCCUCGUCUACAUCGGUAUCGCGACGUUCGCGGCAACCUGGGUGUACAUGUUCACGUGGAUCUACUCGGGCGAGACGACGACUCGCCGCGUUCGCGAGCGGUACCUGCAGGCCGUCAUGCGCCAGAACAUCGCCUACUUCGACCGUAUUGGCGCAGGCGCGAUCACGACCCGCAUCGAGACCGACACGCACCUGAUCCAGGAGGGCAUCUCGGAGAAGGUCGUCAUUAGCGUGCAGUUCAUCGCCAUCUUCAUCAGCGGCUUCGUCAUCGCCAUCAUCCGCAACUGGCGCCUCGCGCUGGUCGUCUCGGUCAUCAUCCCCUGCAUCGGCGUCGCCGGUGGGGCCAUGCAGAAGUUCAUCUCAAAGUACAAGGCGCAGCAGCUCGAGGCGACCUCGACAGCCUCGACGCUCGCCGAGGAGGUCAUUUCGUCGGUCCGCAUCGCGCAAGCUUUCGGCAACCAGCAGCGCCUUGCCGACUCGUACGACGUGUGGAACCAGGAGACGCUCCGAGUCGGGGUCAAGAGCGCGCGCUUCAACGGUCUGGGUCUCGGCGUCUUCUUCUUCAUCAUCUACGCCUCGUACGGCCUUGCCUUCUACUACGGCACGACGCUGCUUCUUCAAGGGCGCGCUACUUCGGGCGAGAUCGUCAACGUCUUCUUCAGUAUUCUCAUCGGAGCAUUCAGCCUCGCCCAGCUCGCCCCGAACCUCCAGGCCAUCUCGUUCGCCAAGGGCGCCGCCACCGAGAUCUACGCCACGAUCGACAGGGUGCCCGUCAUCGACUCUGCGUCCGAGGAGGGCCGCAAGCUCGACCAUGUCGAGGGCAAGAUUGAGCUCGAGGGCAUCGACUUCAUCUACCCGUCGCGACCCGGCGCCCAGGUCCUGUACAACUUCAACGGCGUGUUCCCGCCGGGCAAGAUGACGGCGCUCGUCGGCGGGUCCGGGUCCGGCAAGUCGACCAUCAUCGGGCUCCUCGAGCGGUUCUACGAUCCCGUCGGCGGCGUCGUCAAGCUCGAUGGCGUCCCGCUCAAGGACCUCAACGUCAAGUGGCUGCGCAACCAGAUCGGCCUCGUCUCGCAGGAGCCUACCCUGUUCGCGACGACCGUCGCGGGCAACAUCGAGCACGGCCUGAUCGGCUCGCGGUUCGAGAGCGAGACGGGCGAUGCUCGUCGGCAGCGCGUCGUCGAGGCCGCCAAGCUCGCCAACGCCGACGGCUUCAUCCAAGCCUUGCCCGAGGGCUACGACACCCAGAUCGGCGAGCGCGGCAUGCUCCUGUCGGGAGGGCAAAAGCAGCGCAUCGCCAUCGCCCGCGCCAUCGUCUCGGACCCCAAGAUCCUCCUCCUCGACGAGGCAACAUCCGCUCUCGACUCGGCGAGCGAGGCGAUCGUGCAAGACGCCCUCGACCGCGCCUCGAAGGGUCGCACAACCAUCACGGUCGCCCAUCGCCUGUCGACAAUCCGCGACGCGGCGCAAAUCGUGGUCCUCACGGCCGGGCACAUCCUCGAGAGUGCCACGUCGACCGACGAGGGCUCGGCGCACACUUUGCUCCUCCGCAACCCGGAAGGCGCCUACUCGAAGCUCGUGAGCGCGCAGCGCCUGCGAGAGGAGGAGCAGGAGGCCGAGAACGGCGACGACGAGCACCCCCGCGCUCCGGAGCCCGGCGAGCUCACUCGCGAGCAGAUCGACGAGAUGGCCCGGCGCGAGAAGCCCCAGUUCGAGCAGCUUAAGCGCGCCGGAACGGGCCGCUCGCUCGCGUCCGAGAUGAUCGAGCGCCGGCAGAACGACCUCGAGGCCGCCGGCGGCGCCGAGCCGAAGCACUACGGCACCUACACGCUCUUCGCCCGCAUGUACAAGCUCAACGGCGACUCCUGGCGGCGCUACGUCUUUGCCUUCAUCGGCGCUGUCGCCUCGGGCUGCGUCUACCCGGUAUUCGGCAUCGUCUUUGGCGGCGUCAUCUCGACCUUCCAGCUCGACCCCGAAACGCAGGGCGGGCAGCUCCGCCGCGAGGGCAACCGCUACGCCCUGUGGUGCUUCGUCAUCGCCAUCCUGUCGACGGUCGCCGUCAUCGUCCAGUCCUGGAUGUACGGCGACACGGCCGAGCGCCUGUGCGCCAAGAUUCGGCUCAACACGUUCAAGUCGACGCUCCGCCAGGACAUCGCCUUUUUCGACCGCGACGAGAACAGCACCGGCACUUUGACCAACUCCGUGACGGACCGUGCGACCAAGAUCUUUGGCCUCUUUGGCCCGACGCAGGGCGUCAUCAUCCAGUCGAUCUUCACUCUCGUGAGCGGCGCCAUCAUCGGUCUGUGCUACUCGUGGAAGAUCGCCCUCGUCGGCAUCGCCUGCAUGCCCCUCACGCUCUCGGCCGGCAUCGUUCGCCUCAAGGUCGUCGUCCUCAAGGACGAGAAGAACAAGAAGAGCCACCAGGCCUCGGCGCAGAUGGCGUGCGAGGCGGCGGGCUCGAUCCGGACCGUCGCGGCCUUGACGAGGGAGGGAGACUGCUUCGACCUCUACAGCAAGCAACUCGACCUGCCGAUGCGCGAGUCGAACCGGACGGCCAUCUGGAGCAACGCCUUCUACUCGCUCACGCAGGCCCUCUCGUUCUUCGUCAUUGCCCUCAUCUUUUACUUCGGCUCGAAGCAGAUGGUGGACGCCGGCCUCUCCGUCAACGGUUUCUUCGUCGCCCAGAUCUCGGUCGUCUUCGCCAGCAUCCAAGCCGGCAACGUGUUCUCCUUUUUGCGUCAUUGCCGUCCCGUCCCCGACGCCUCCUCGUUCUUCGGCGCCGCCCGUGCCUUCCUCGCCCUCGAGGACUCGGUCCCCGACAUCGACGCCGAGGACACGUCGGGCAAGGCGUUCGACGUCGCCGCCGCCAAGGGCCACAUCCGCUUCGAGAACGUCCACUUCCGGUACCCAACUCGCCCUCACGUCCCGGUCCUGCGCGGCCUCGACGUUGAGAUCAAGCCCGGCCAGUUCUGCGCCUUUGUCGGCGCGAGUGGGUGCGGCAAGUCGACGGCGAUCCAGCUCAUCACGCGGUUCUACGACCCGCUCGGCGGCAAGGUCCUCGUCGACGGGCAGGACAUCAGCGAGCUCAACGUCCAGUCGUACCGCCAGUCGAUCGCGCUCGUGUCACAGGAGCCGACGCUCUACGCCGGCUCGAUCCGGUACAACGUCGCCCUCGGCGCCUACGUCCCGCCCGAGCAGGUCACGCAGGAGCAGAUCGAGCAGGCGUGCAAGGACGCCAACAUCCACAACCUGAUCGUCAGCCUCCCUGACGGCUACGACACGGACGUCGGCGGCAAGGGCACCAUGCUCUCGGGCGGGCAGAAGCAGCGCAUCGCCAUCGCUCGCGCCCUCAUCCGCAACCCCAAGAUCCUCCUCCUCGACGAGGCGACGUCUGCGCUCGACAGCGAGUCGGAGCGCGUCGUCCAGAAGGCGCUCGACGAGGCGGCCAAGAACCGCACGACGAUCGCCAUCGCCCACCGCCUGUCGACCAUCCAGAACGCCGACGCCAUCUACGUGCUCAAGAACGGUCGCGUCGCCGAGCGGGGCACCCACUCGCAGCUCAUCUCGCAGAAGGGUCUCUACUUCGAGUUGGUCGAGCAGCAGUCGCUCGACAAGAACUGAGGGCCAGGCGCGCGCGCCCUCGUCGUCGUCGACUUGCCCCGGGCCCUCCCUCGUCGCCUAGAUUCAGUCUCUCGUUUCGGUCGCCUUUCUCCUUUGUGUACUGGUCUCUCGUGCCUGGAUCUGCAACUCGGCCAGUCUCCUCAGC